UUCCUCUAUGAAUUUUAUUUCAGUGUUUUUCACAGCUGUCAUCGCAAACGCGCGCACUGUUUACAAACAACAAAAAAAUCAAUCUGUCUCUAUUACAUUUCCCGGCCGGGCGAUUUGCUGGCGCUCUAUUAUCAUCCGGCAAUUUCAUGGGCCAGCAGCUUCGUCGUAGUAAAUCCGGAUUUUCCAUUGUUUUGUGUUGAAUUUAGUGCGUGUUCCGGACUCAGUAAGGCACCAGCAAUCGAGAUGGUGGUAACCCAGGAGGACAAGUCGAUCGAGCUGCUGGACGUGGACCCUCAUGAGACGGAGGACGACGGGGCGGUGGUGGUGCUGGACUCCAAGCGGAGACUCUUCCGGCCGACCGAGCAGUAUUCGGACAUUGGCGGGUUGGACAGGCAAAUCCAGAAAUUGAUUGAGGCCGUCGUGCUGCCGACGACGUACAAGAACAAGUUCAAGAACCUGAGAAUUCAUCCACCGAAGUCCACUUACCUGAAGCUGGCCGGCCAGUAGCUGGUGCAGAUGUUCAUCGGAGACGGUGCCAAGCUCGUCUGGGAUGCCUCCGAACUGGCCAAGGAAAAGUCGCCAUUGGUUUAAUUUCUUUUUAUUUGUGAAAUCAGCUUUUUUGUAUUGUUAGAUAUGAUGAAAAAAAAACGAUAUUGACCGCCCCCUCCUCUCCCUUCUCCCCCCAUGCGACAACUCGUUGGGUUGCGAUUAAGUGCGCGUACUUUUUCAACUUGCUAUUCGGCCCCACGAUGAACGUAAAGAUCCGUUCCUGCUUCAACCACUUUGUUAUCUCUCGAUCCCAGUUGUCCACCUAACUGCUCGGAGUCACGAUCAGAACCCGCUUCACAAUCGGCUGCCCGUAAGGUCCCUGAUUCUUCAAGGUGUAGAUCAACGCCAACAUCUGCAACGUCUUCCCCAGUCCCAUCUCGUCGGCCAAAAUCGCUCCAAACUGUUCCGAGUCUUCGCGUUUCAUUCCCAAAACGCAUUCGUACAGAAAGCUCACCCCUUCCCGCUGGUGAGGCCGCAAAUGCUUAGCCACGCAGUACGGAACGCAACCCUUUGUUAUACUUCCACUGAUCGAACGAAGGCUCCCGCAUCGUCAACGGAACAAAGUCCUCCGUAAUCGCUUCCUCCCCACCGUCCCAACCUGCUCGACACCCGUGUCGACACCACAAUCGGACUCCCGGCGCACAUCGACUCCGCCGGCGGCCUAAACCCUCCUCUCGUCUCGAAUCGAACCCUCUUCACCGGCACAUCAUUCUCCUUGGCCACCUCCCCAUCAAUCCGCUCCACCAGUUCAACCUCCUUGUUCAAACGCGAACCCUCCUACAGCUCCUCCCCCUUCACCAAACCGGAGCUCCCAAUCACCUUGCCUUCCUCGUCGCCCAACGUGACGCUCUUCCCGCCCACGAUGGUCAACGUUCCGUCGCCCUCCCACGUUUUGUGCUUUUUGGUCGUUAUUUUGCCCCAGCACACUUGCGUCGUCGUUGUGACAGUUCUGAACUGUCACUAUCCACACUGAACAAAAUUUUGUUCCGAAUAUCGUGCAGAUAAAUAAUAUUUACGCCUGUAUUUACGAUAUUUACGAAAUAUUUACGGAAGUAAAUCCAAUGCGCUACGGAUCAACCAUGUGCCCAACCCCGUGCAUUGAACCAUAUUAGGUAAAAUUUGAACUGUAAAUAUUUAUUUGCA